AUGCGCCUCUGCGGGCGCCGCGGGCCCGGGCCAUGGCGAUAGACCGGCGGCGCGAGGCGGCUGGCGGCGGGCCCGGGCGGCAGCCGGCCCCGGGCGAGGAGAACGGCUCCUUGCCGCCGGGCGACGCGGCGGCCUCGGCGCCCCUCGGGGGACGUCCGGGCCCGAGCGGCAGCGCAGAGAUCCAGCCGCUGCCGGCCGCGCAGCCCGCGCUCGGCGGCCCGCACUCGAGCUGCUGCUCGGCGGCUGCGGCCCCGAGCCUCCUGUUGCUGGACUACGACGGGUCGGUGCUGCCCUUCCUCGGAGGCCUAGGCGGGGGCUAUCAGAGGACCCUCGUGCUGCUCACCUGGAUCCCGGCGCUGUUCAUCGGCUUCAGCCAGUUCUCGGACUCUUUCCUCUUGGACCAGCCGAACUUCUGGUGUCGCGGGUCAGGCAGAGACGCGGAGCUGGCGGGGGUCACCGCCACCGGCCGGUGGGGCGCCGGCGACGUGGCCAACUGGACCAGCCCCCCGACCACCCCCUUCGCCGCGGCCGCCUGGGGGGCGGCGGGCAAUCUUAGCAAUAGCAGCGGCGCAGACGGGGGCGACACGCCACCCCUGCCGUCCCCUCCGGACAAGGGGGACAACGCCUCCAACUGCGACUGCCACACGUGGGACUAUGGCAUCCGCACAGGCCUCGUCCAAAACGUGGUCAGCAAGUGGGAUCUUGUGUGUGAUAAUGCCUGGAAGGUCCAUAUCGCUAAGUUCUCCUUACUGGUUGGAUUAAUCUUUGGCUACCUAAUAACUGGAUGCAUUGCUGACUGGGUUGGCCGGCGGCCUGUGUUGCUGUUUUCCAUCAUCUUCAUUCUGAUCUUUGGACUGACAGUGGCCCUGUCAGUGAAUGUGACAAUGUUCAGCACACUCAGGUUCUUUGAAGGAUUUUGCCUGGCUGGAAUAAUUCUCACCUUAUAUGCAUUACGAAUAGAGCUGUGUCCCCCCGGAAAACGGUUCAUGAUCACGAUGGUGGCGAGCUUCGUGGCCAUGGCAGGCCAGUUCCUCAUGCCCGGGCUGGCCGUGCUGUGCCGGGACUGGCAGGUCCUCCAGGCCCUCAUCAUCUGCCCCUUCCUGCUCAUGCUGCUCUAUUGGUCCCUGCCCGCUCUUCCGGGAGGUGCAGUCUCGCUGGAGCACAGCCAGCUGCUUUCCUGCUGCGUGGCCGAGCUGAAGCUGGAGAAGGGGCUUUCCCGGAGGCCCAAGAAGGUCUGCAUUGUGAAGGUGGUGGGAACACGGAACCUGUGGAAGAACAUCGUGGUCCUGUGUGUGAACUCGCUGACCGGCUACGGGAUCCACCACUGCUUUGCACGCAGCAUGAUGGGCCACGAGGUGAAGGUGCCGCUCCUGGAGAACUUCUAUGCGGACUACUACACCGUGGCCAGCAUCGCCCUGGCAUCCUGCCUGGCUAUGUGCGUGGUGGUCAGGUUCCUGGGGCGCAGGGGAGGGCUGCUGCUCUUCAUGAUCCUCACCGCGCUGGCCUCGCUCCUGCAGCUUGGGCUCCUCAACCUGAUCGGAAAGUACAGCCAGCACCCAGACUCAGAGUUGCAGCUGAAGUUGGCCGUAGGCAUGAGUGACAGCGUGAAGGACAAAUUCUCCAUCACGUUCUCCAUCGUGGGCAUGUUCGCCUCCCACGCAGUGGGCAGCCUCAGUGUGUUCUUCUGUGCGGAGAUCACACCCACGGUGAUCAGGUGCGGCGGGCUGGGGCUGGCGCUGGCCAGCGCAGGCUUUGGCAUGCUGACGGCGCCCAUCAUUGACCUGCACAACCAGAAAGGCUACUUCUUGCAUCACAUCAUCUUUGCCUGCUGCACGCUCAUCUGCAUCAUCUGCAUCCUCCUGCUGCCCGAGAGCAGGAACCAGAACCUGCCGGAGAACAUCUCCAAUGGGGAGCACUACACGCGGCAGCCGCUCCUGCCCCACAGGAAGGGGGAGCAGCCCCUCCUGCUCACCAACGCGGAGCUCAAGGACUACUCGGGCCUGCACGACGUGGCUGCAGCGGGAGAGGGGCUGCCCGAGACGGCCACUGCCAACGGUAUGAAGUCCAUGUAGCCCCGGGUGCGGCUCCCUACAGGGGGCACUGUGGGCUGCAAGUUUUGGGGUCUGUUCGGGCACAGGUUUACAGACCAGGGACCGAACACAUGGCUGGUGCAGGAGCAUCACCCUCUGCUACAGCCGCCACCGACCAGGAGACUCAACUGGUGCGGUGAAAUCCUGUCUUUCCAAGACCCUAAGGAUCAUGUGUUUGAGGAAGCAAACUUUGGAAAUAACCCUGUAGACGUUGUUUUCUGCCAUUAAAUGUUUGUAUUUAUUUUGGUCAUUUUUAUGAGAAGCACUUUAUUCCCUUUUCCCUCACUGAUCUCCAAAUGGAACCACCGGCUUCGGAGGAGGUCCCGGUGGGGAGAAGGCACCGCAGGGAGCCCCACGGCACAUCUCCUCCCCUCCUGUAGCCCAGCCCAGCCGGGGGUCACUCGCCUGCACCCCAGCACCCAGGAAUGGCCUGCCAGCUGCCAUGGGGCAUCACCAGGACUGAAAUGUAAAUGAUUAGGUUUCUGCUAGUCUGUGUGUGCUUUUUAAAGGUCUUCUGUUUGUAAGGUAAGGACUUUUGUGCCAUGAGUUGGGAGAAAGCAGCUCACAAGUAUCAUUAAAACCAGCUGAGUCUUCCCCUGGAGAUCAUCCUUUUGGACUUGCUGUUGUAAGCUCUUUGGAGGGAAAACUGAAACAUUUCACGAGUAAUUUAAAUAAUCAGUGGUAACAGUGCCCCGUGUUCUGACACAGGCCUGUCCCAUGAAGUUCACGGCGGGCAAACGUGUUGAGGUGGGAGAUGUGUGCGGGUAUGUCCUUCCCAGUUCAGCUCCAGCAGCAAUGCUCCCUCUUUUGGUCAGCUUUUCUGCCAGCACUAUUGAAAACAUGGCCACGUUCUGAAUUAACACCAGUAGGGACAGAGCUGAGAUGGAUGAUAAGGCAGCCAGCCCAUGGAGGGAGGACACUCAGGUGCCGGCCAACCUCCAGGCCCUGCCUGGACACCACCAGCUCCAAGGACUGUGCGCCUUCACGACUUCCUGCCAAGGUGACAGCCCGUGGGUGCCUCCCCCCACCGUGGCCUGCUUCCUGCUUCCUGCCCCUUCGUCAGCACACAGUAGGGCUUAGGGCCAGCAGCGGGACUCUCCUGGGCGAGUGCAGCUGACCUCAGCCUCCUAAAGCAUCACAACCAACUG